AUGGCACCUGCACAAGCGACCGACGCCGCGCGGGUGCGCAUCGCCAUCGCGUUUGUCGCGUUGAAGUACAAGCCUGCUGCCAUGGGUCUCGCAGAGUACGUGCUCGACCUGUGCGAGAAGUUCCCGAGCGCGGGGCAGGGGAAGGGGGCCGAUGCGUGGCUACGGCGUGCGCUGGAGCUGGAGGGUUGUGUCAGAGAGCUGAAGGGGAUGUACGAGAGUGAGCAGAUUAAGUGCGCGGCCCUUGCGGCGAGCGUAGGGAGCAGUGAGGCCUCUGCGCCGACGCCUGCGAGUGCCCCUCCGCCAAAGAAGAAGCAGAAGAAGAAUCCGAAAACGCAGGCGGAGGGCCCGCGGAUGGACCUGGCCGCUGUGAUUAGUGGGAUAUAUGCUAAUGUACCUACAGCCUCGCCCUCCCCGGGUGUGUUGCCCGCUAUGCGACUACUGAGCUCCUUAACCGCCGACGAUGGGCCCAGGUCUCCGGAGGCUCUGAUGCUGAUAGCUGCUGCGAGCGGGAGGGCUGUGGGCGCGCUGGGCGAUGUGCUAUCUGGUGUGCUCUCCGGGAACGCAAAGACGGUCGGGGCGAAGCAACAAGAGACUCUGCAGAUGAUUUGCAGGCUUACGGGGCACGUGCUGUCCACGGGCGUCUCGAUGCUGGUCGACAAUGUGCCCAAGACAGGUGCCAAGCGACGGGCGAAGAGGGCUGGCCGUGACCUGGCGGGUGCUGUCGACGACAUCCUGGGAGCGCUGCUUUCUCGCAUUCUGGUGCCUGCAAUCCGCGGCUUUGCAGUGCUGUCUCGGAUGCACAUCAAGAGCUUCUGCGGGGCGGGAUCGACGAAGCGGACGAAGAAGGAGCUGGCUGGGAUGGCGGACAUGCGCGCGGACGUGCUCUGCCUGGUGGAGACGGUCCUCGCUGGUCUAGACGGCGGACUGGCGGGGCUGGGGGACGUGAGAGAGGGCGUGGCGCUGGCGGUGCUUGGGGAACUCGACAGGCUGUAUGCGGAGCCGAGCUCGGGGGAUGGGGCGGGAUGCGCGGCGUCGCGUGCGGAUCGGGUGGAGAAGCUCGCGAGGAAGGACGCGGUGUGGUACCUGUGCGGCGUGCUCGGGCUCGUGUCGCGCGCGCUGGGGCACGUGCUGGGCGGCGAGGGCGGGGUGCUGCGGGAGAGGAUCGCCGGGGCGCUGGAGGUGAUCAUGAAGCGAGUAGACGGCGGUCCUGAGAGCGGAGUGCUGCUGGCUGUAUUCGAGACGGCGUGGCUAGAUACUGGCAAGCGAUGA